UGAUGACAGUGGACAUUUUGUUUUGUAUGCCACCAUGUUAGGAAUUAAAAUUAUUAAUCUGUACACCAAUCGCUGUGUGCGGACCCUGGGGAAGCCUGAGAAUGCCCGGUUCCUGCAGCUGAGUCUGUUCCAGGGUACAGGGAAGAAACAGAAGGCGGCGGUGGACGUGGAGAUGGUGGCCUCCGAUAACCCCCUCCUACAGAACGUCCUGUUUGAUCCCAUCCUCUUCUGUACUGCCUUCAAGAAGAACCGCUUCUACAUGUUCACAAGGCGGGAACCGGAGGACACAAAAAGUGCUGAUGCAGAGAGAGAUGUAUUUAAUGAGAAACCCUCCAAGGAAGAUAUUGUAGCAGCUACACAGGAUGCGUCCUACACAAGAGUAUCUGAGUCCUGUGUCAUUCAUACCACUAUGGGUGAUAUCCACAUCAAAUUGUUUGCCAAAGAGUGCCCCAAAACUGUGGAAAACUUCUGUGUUCACACAAAGAGUGGAUACUACAACUCUCAUAUUUUCCACCGAGUUAUAAAAGGCUUCAUGAUACAAACAGGAGAUCCUUUGGGUAUUGGUACUGGAGGGGAAUCAAUAUGGGGAGGGGAAUUUGAAGAUGAAUUUCACCCUAAUCUGCGACAUGAUAGACCCUACACACUCAGUAUGGCAAACGCAGGGCCCAACACGAAUGGCUCACAGUUCUUCAUUACAGUGGCACCAACACCAUGGUUGGACAAUAAGCACACAGUGUUUGGUAGAGUUACAAGGGGGAUGGAAGUGUGUCAAGCCAUAAGUAAUGUCAAGGUCAAUCCCAAAACAGACAAACCUUAUGAUGAUGUACGAAUCAUUAACAUCUCAUUAAAAUAAAAUCAUGUGUAUGAAAA